UUAUUGAAGAGAGAAAGUAGGGUCGAGGAGCACGUGGGGAGAACGAAAAAUCCAGUGUGGGAGAUGACAGUAGUUGGUCAGUUGUCCCGCGCUGCCCUCACUCAGUCUCUGUGGAUCACCAUAUUCAUGCCCACGCUUCUCUCCUUCUCACCAUCCAUACAUUCAUUCCACUCUUUCUCUAUAAAAUUAUUUUCCCUCAAAUUUCGCCACCACCCUCUCUCCGCUCCAUGGACCUCCGCCGUCGAUCCUCCUCCGCCGCCGCCAAGGCCUCCGACGCUCUCCCCCUCCCCCUCCAUCUCACCAACGCCUUCUUCUUUACCCUCUUCUUCUCCGUCGCCUACUACCUCCUCAAUCGCUGGCGCGACAAGAUCCGCUCCUCCUCCCCCCUCCACCUACUCUCCCUCUCCGACCUCGCCGCCGUCUUCGCCCUCCUCGCCUCCGUCAUCUACCUCCUUGGCUUCUUCGGCAUUCACUUCGUCCAGUCCUUCGUUGCCCGUCCUGCCGACGACGACGUAGAACCAUCGGAAUGCAGCUCCCUGGAUAAAGUCGACGGUCAAGAAGACAACGUCAUCAUGACCGACUCAGUAACCAAGGGAGCUGCACAACCUUCUCCACUUCUCUGUACCGAACCGGUGAAACUGGUGGCGUGCGGAGUCGACAAUGGCAUCAUGGUCGAUUCUGUCAUGAAGGGGAAAAGAGUCAUACAACCUUCUUUUCAAAACGUGAAACCGGUUCUGAAAGAAUUUGCUUCUUCCGCUGACAGAGUCUAUCAUGAUGAAGACGACGUCGUGAUCGACUCUGUCGUAAACGGAAUUGUUCCGUCUUACUCUCUUGAAUCGCGUCUCGGCGAUUGUCGCAGGGCUGCGGCAAUCCGGCGAGAGGCGCUUCAAAGGACGACUGGGCGGUCGCUGGGAGGACUGCCUCUGGAGGGGUUUGAUUACAAUGCAAUUCUCGGGCAGUGUUGUGAGAUGCCGGUGGGGUAUGUGCAGGUUCCGGUGGGGGUGGCGGGGCCGCUGCUGCUGGACGGGGAGGAGUACACGGUGCCGAUGGCGACAACGGAGGGUUGUCUGGUGGCGAGCACGAACAGAGGGUGCAAGGCGAUCUACGCGUCCGGUGGGGCGACUAGUGUGUUGUUGAGGGAUGGGAUGAGUAGGGCGCCGGUUGUGAGAUUCGCGACGGCAAAUAGGGCUGCCGAGUUGAAGUUCUUUCUGGAAGAUCCUCUCAAUUUUGAUACCUUGGCCGUCGUUUUCAACAAGUCAAGUAGAUUUGGCAGACUUCAAAGCAUUAAGUGCUCUAUUGCGGGGAGGAAUGUUUAUCUUAGAUUUACCUGUAGUACGGGUGAUGCCAUGGGAAUGAACAUGGUUUCCAAAGGGGUUCAGAAUGUUCUUGAUUUCCUUCAAAGUGAUUUUCCUGAUAUGGAUGUUAUCGGCAUCUCUGGAAAUUACUGUUCGGACAAGAAACCUGCAGCAGUGAAUUGGAUUGAGGGACGUGGGAAAUCAGUAGUUUGUGAAGCAACUAUCAAAGAACAUAUAGUGAAAAAGGUGUUGAAGACCAGUGUGGCAGCUUUGGUUGAGCUUAACAUGCUCAAAAACCUUGCUGGCUCUGCUGUUGCUGGUGCUCUUGGUGGAUUCAAUGCCCAUGCUAGUAACAUUGUUUCUGCAGUCUUUAUAGCCACUGGACAAGAUCCAGCACAAAAUAUUGAGAGUUCCCAUUGCAUAACUAUGAUGGAAGCUGUGAACGAUGGGAGAGAUCUUCACGUCUCAGUGACCAUGCCUUCCAUAGAGGUGGGCACAGUGGGGGGUGGAACUCAACUACCAUCUCAAUCUGCAUGCUUGAAUCUUCUUGGUCUGAAGGGUGCAAGCAAGGAUUCACCAGGAUCAAAUUCAAGGGUUUUGGCCACCAUUGUUGCUGGAUCUGUUUUAGCCGGAGAGCUGUCUCUGAUGUCUGCCAUUGCAGCGGGGCAGUUAGUCAACAGCCACAUGAAAUACAACAGAUCAAGCAGAGAUAUGUCUAGAGUGUCAUCCUGAGAAGGAAGGACCAUGUGGCUCCAGCCUUUACUCGUUAUGUCAAAAGUGAAAGUGGUCUCUUUGAUGGGUCAGGAUUUUUUAGAGUGAAAUGGAAGACAUCACUUUGCUGGCACCCAUGUGAAGUUUCUUUGCUUGUAUUGAUGUCUGUGAAUGUAUCAUAAGUUGUACCGUGGCAAGUUUUGGAGAGCCCGUCUCGACCAUUCAUUCACUGUACAAGUUUGGUGCCUAGUUGGCGAGUCAUCGAAUGAAAUCUUAAUCGACUCCAAGACUUCAGAUUUUCCUUUUGUUUUUUUGUACUAAGAUUCUAAACUAAUGUUCAGCACUGUAUCAUUUUCUCUUACA